AUGAGAAGAAGCCUAGGAAAGCACUGUGCCCACCACAAUGAGGAUGGACACUUGACUCAGGGAUGCAGAGCCCUGAAGACACAUUUGGAAGACCUGGUAAGACAGGGUCACUUAAGGGACCUGUUAGAUAAGGCCAGAACAAGGGAAGAGCAAGCAAGGUUGUCCCAAGCACUGACAGUACCACCUUCACUAGCACCACAACCGCAAGAAGACGGAUCUCGAGUGAUCAAUGUGAUUCACUCGAAGGUCAAUGAAAACGAGGUCCAGCAAAAGAGGCCUAGGGUAGAUGAAGGACCAAUGGUGUUCUUUACUGAAACCGACUUAGACAUGGUACAACAUCCAGACAAUGAAGCUCUGGUGAUAUCCUUGAAGAUUGAAGAAUGCCAGAUAAGGCGCAUUCUGGUUGACCAAGGCAGUUUUUAUGACAUCAUGUAUGUUAGACGUUACAAAGAGCUCGGUCAUUACCAAGAUGAUCUAGAGCAAUCCAACAGUCCAAUGGUCGGGUUCAAUAGAAUGCCGACAUGGCCCCUAGGAGCAAUAAGUUUGGAGGAGCAAGUAGGCACCAAGAAGAGCAUGAAAUUGAGGAAAUCAGAGGAGAUCAAGUGUAGGCAAAGAAUUGCUCCACGGCAGCAAUAA